AUGGCGCGAAUGAUUGGCUCGCUGCUGCUGCUUGGUGGGCUGCGGUUGGUGGCAGGAGAUGUGUGCCCCGAUGAUGUUGAGGUCGACCUUUGUGACACCAACCCCGAACAGUUCUCAGGAUCCACGGGCAUGACUCCCAACCUCUCUUUGCUGCUUCUCGUGCUGGCCCUGGCCCAGCCGGGACGCGCAAAGUCUUGGGCCUUGCUGCUGCCCGCUGUUGUGCUGCCAAGCAUGGUGGCUGGGCUCACCUGCGGUGACGUCAAGGACUUCUACAAGACGAACCAGUGCUGCGGUUCCGCGACAAAGGAGCUGGGCACGUACCCGGGCGCGCCGACCUGCCCCUACAACUUCCAGAAGCCGGCUUGCUCCAUGGCAGGGCCCCAGACGCCGCGUGACCUGACCACGGGUGCCAUGGGCGACAGGACGCCAAAAGCCAUCACCCUCACCGACACGCAGGCAAAUUCGCUGCCGCUGGUGAACGUGCACUUCCACUACGGCGCAGAGCACAAGUCAGACGCCUACUCCGACGGAACGGACUCGCAGACCUAUGACUCAAGCCGGCGCUUGGCAACAACCGGCACGGUGCGACCGGGCUGGAUGUGCCCCACGAGCAGCCUGAACAGCACCCAGCUGCAAGCCUACACCUUCCAGUACUGCAAGGGCCAGGUGGAAGUGGGCAAGUCCUACGAGAUUCAUUACGUCCUCUGCCGGCAUGGAUGCCAAUGA